AUGGCCGACUUCGAGGAUCGGGUGUCGGAUGAGGAGAAGGUACGCAUAGCUGCUAAAUUCAUCACUCAUGCACCCCCAGGGGAAUUUAAUGAAGUAUUCAAUGAUGUUCGGCUACUACUUAAUAAUGACAAUCUCCUCAGGGAAGGGGCAGCACAUGCAUUUGCCCAGUAUAACAUGGAUCAGUUCACACCUGUAAAGAUAGAAGGAUAUGAAGAUCAGGUCUUGAUUACAGAACACGGUGACUUGGGUAACAGCAGAUUUUUAGAUCCCAGAAACAAAAUUUCCUUCAAGUUCGAUCACUUACGGAAAGAAGCAAGUGACCCCCAGCCAGAGGACAUAGAUGGAGGUCUGAAGUCGUGGAGAGAAUCCUGUGACAGUGCUUUAAAGGCCUAUGUGAAAGACCAUUAUUCCAGUGGCUUCUGUACUGUUUAUGCUAAAACUAUAGAUGGGCAACAGACCAUUAUUGCGUGUAUUGAAAGCCACCAGUUUCAGCCUAAAAAUUUCUGGAAUGGUCGUUGGAGAUCAGAAUGGAAGUUCACCAUCGCGCCACCCACAGCCCAGGUGGUUGGAGUACUUAAGAUUCAGGUACACUAUUACGAAGAUGGCAAUGUUCAGUUGGUUAGUCAUAAAGAUGUACAGGAUUCAGUAACUGUUUCGAACGAAGCACAAACUGCCAAGGAGUUUAUUAAAAUCAUAGAACAUGCAGAAAAUGAGUAUCAGACAGCAAUUAGUGAGAACUAUCAAACCAUGUCAGACACCACGUUCAAGGCCUUACGCCGGCAGCUGCCAGUGACCCGCACCAAAAUCGACUGGAACAAGAUACUCAGCUACAAGAUUGGCAAAGAAAUGCAGAAUGCUUAA